GGUAACUGUGGCAAUUUUUGGGGCACAUUUGGUUUACCUGAGGUUACCGUCUGGUUUUGUAAUACUGAACUAGUCAUUCACUUUUCCGGAUUAAUAUUUUAUUAAAUCUCUGGAGAAUAUAAAACUGAACACUUUCCUUCAAUUCCCUAUGAUUUCUUGGCUUGUAAUUCCACAUAAGCCUUCCAAAUUCGGUUGGAUUAUAUCCAGACGGGUUUACGUCGUUGGACUUUAACAUUUUCAUCUCUCAAAUGUGCAUGAUGCCUAAUCGUUCAUUUAUUCAGACAAACUAUUCAAGUGAAGACAGCCACCUUUUGUCAAAUGUGGGUAGCUUGUGUGAACUAGACGAUCAUGUUUGUCCUUCUGAUAAUAAUCUCAGUCGUCUUUCACCUCCGUCGGCUACCUUUCUAAUUGAUGGAUCAGAGAUUCCUAACCAUGCUCCAGCUCCUCCUGUCAGAUCUUCAAGUACACUACGCAAAAAGAACAAACUUGUUUUGCCUCCAUCAAAACCUUUGCCAACUCCACCUGGGAAAGAGGAGAAAAAGAAAAAGAAAGUGAAAAUGUUCCGAUUUCCUAAAUUUGGUCGAUCGGAAAAAGCGGAGCCACAAAUUUCUGGCCCUACAGAAGUCACGCAUAAUCUACACGUGGUAUUCGAUGAAUCCACUGGUAAAUUCAAGGGUCUUCCGAUGUCAUGGCAGAUGCUUUUAACAGCAUCAAACAUAUCAAAAACAGAACAAGAAAAAAAUCCGGAAAUUCUUCUUGGUGUACUACAGUGCUUUGAUGAAUCAGCUAAACAAAAAGAUAAAUAUAUGACAAACGUAUCUGUUAUUACAAAUUCCUCUGGUUCCGUUGAGUCUAUAAAUUCCACCUCCCGUUCGUGCUCAGUUUCCUCUCAAAGUAUACCAACAGCACCAAAUCAUUGUGACACCAGCUGUUUACAUUCAGGCUCCUAUCCAUCUGCUGCAUUUAAUUCCAUAGCGUCUACAUCUAUUUCAGCUGAAGAAAAUAAUUUAAUUAUAUCAUUGGCUGGAACUAAUUUAACAGGAAUGGGAAUAAUGUCCAGUGCUUUACCGGCAACUACUCAUUCUUGUGCCGGUAGCAAUAGCAGCGGCCGUGGUAGCAGCUGUACCACUAAUAGUGGCAGUGUUGGUGGUCGCGGCGUAAGUGGUGGUGUUCCAAAUGGUUUAAGCGCUGCAAGUUUAGUUGAGCUAACUUCUAAUCACUCUCAUGGGUGUCCUUCAGGACCUGGAAGAAGAACAAGCACAGGAGCUGUGUUUUUGGGUGGCAUCAGUCCAACUUGUACAUUUGGUGGACGUGCAAGUGGUUCUACAAUUCCUGAAAUGUCUCCAGCCCUUGGGAAUCAUAGAAGCACUAACAAUACGGGUGAUAUUGCUCGUUCUGGACCAGACUCCAUGAUUUCAGAGAAUUCAGGAACUCUUACAAACGGACAACUCAGUCAUGGUCGUCAUUCUAGAGACACCAAUCUAGUUGGUGAUAGCCAUAAUAGCCAUUCAACUGUUUCUGUACCUUCUCUCCCAGUUACAUACGAUGUUAAUCUUGGUGAACUUAGCAGUCGCAGCAGUGGUUGUUCACUAUCUUGUUCAGGUGCUAGUGGAAAUAUCAGUAUUUCAGGUUUAACAAGUUCAGCUAGUAUGUUUGGGAAUUUGCUUGGCGCUACAAAUAAUACUGAGAAUAGUCCAACAAGUAUUCUUCCACCUAGUAUGUUACCAUCUCAAUCAAUGUUACAAUCUAACAAUUGUAGUUCAUUUGUUCCCUAUCCAUCAUCAUCAUCACCACCACCUGUUCCACCUCAUGCAACUGUCGCACUGAAAAAUUUAGAUCAUACUGAAAGUUGUACAAAUAAUUUUGAAAUUGGUAGUAGUGUUGAAGAAGGAGGUACUCUACGGCAUACAUAUUUGCUUCAUAAGACCAUCUCUCAAUCAUCCACAUGUUUACCAUAUCAAGGAGAUAGAUUAGCUCCAGAAUCUUGUAUAAUGGUUGGAGAAUCUUCUUCCGAUGAAGAAGAUGAAGAUAUUGAAGAUGAAGAUCAGGAACAGGAAGAAUAUGAAGAAGAAGAAGAAGAAGAAGAAUGUGAAGAGUUGGGUGAAGAUGAUGAAGAGAGCGAGAUUGAACAAAAUGAAUUCAACAAUAAUGGAAUAACCACAUCUCAAGUUACUGUCGAAUGGUUGACAAGCAGUGAGACGUGUAGUAAUCUCCCUACUCCAAUGACUAUGUCCAAGGGAUCGGAAAAUGGUGUUACCAGUGAAGCUCUGGAUAAUCGGAACGGUGUAUCCGCCUCAACAAACAAUGCGAAUGCUACAAAUAUGGUGAAUAUUAGUAAGGAUAAUGGAGCAUCGAAGGUCAUCCAGACAUCAGCUUCCGAUAAAAUUGUACCACCAGCUGUUCCAGUCAAACCACAGGGUCUAACACAUAUGUUACGCACUCAACAACAAUGUCAGCAACAACAAACUAAAGUACUCCAAUCUCCUCAUUUAUUUCCGCACCAACCUCUUAAUGAUCAAAUGGAUUUUAAUAAGACUGUUGUGCUUACAACAACAACUACUAAUACUACCACUACUACUGAGAAUGUAGGCAAAACAGUUACACCUAGUGCACCUAGACGUCGUACAGGAAAUCAUCGACUAACAGAUCAACAAGUACGCGAUAAGUUGAGAGCUAUUGUAAGCAAAGGUGAUCCAUAUCAAAAAUAUCGUAUUGUAGACAAAAUCGGUCAAGGGGCAUCUGGUGUUGUAUAUAGUGGAUAUGAAAUAGCUACUGGCAAUUUAGUGGCUAUUAAACAAAUGAAUUUAGCUAAACAACCUAAAAAAGAAUUGAUCAUUAAUGAAAUUCUAGUAAUGAAAGCUAAUCGUCAAGCUAAUAUUGUAAAUUAUCUAGACAGUUAUUUAGUGUCCACUUCAAUUUCUACUAAUAUGGAUCAUCAUCAUCAGUCUUAUACGAACGAUUCAAAUCAUAAUCACCAACAAUCAACUCAGAAUGAUGAUAUUCUCAAUUCAUCGACAAUCAGUUCAGAGAGUUCGUCUAAAGGUGGUGAAGAAUUAUGGGUUGUUAUGGAGUAUUUAGAUGGUGGUUCAUUAACUGAUGUUGUCACUGAAACAUGUAUGGAAGAAGGACAUAUUGCUUCAAUAUGCCGAGAGAUAUUACAUGCCCUUGAAUUUCUUCAUGCAAAUCGUGUUAUUCAUCGUGAUAUCAAAUCAGACAAUGUUCUUCUUGGAAUGGAUGGAUCUGUAAAACUGACAGAUUUCGGUUUUUGUGCACAAUUAAGCAAUGAUGGAACCAAACGUACAACUAUGGUUGGUACACCGUAUUGGAUGGCACCAGAAGUUGUUUUACGUAAACAAUAUGGACCGAAAGUGGAUAUUUGGUCAUUAGGAAUUAUGGCUAUUGAAAUGGUAGACGGUGAACCACCUUAUUUAAAUGAAAAUCCUGUUCGAGCAUUGUAUCUUAUUGCUACUAAUGGUAAACCAGAAAUUAAAGAACAUGACUUUUUAUCAAGCACAUUUCUUAAUUUCCUUGAUCGUUGCUUAGAAGUGGAUGUAGAACGAAGAGCUACAGCAACUGAAUUAUUACAACAUCCAUUCAUUUGUCGAUGUCCUAAACCGUUGAGUUCAUUGAUUCCAUUGAUCAAUUUAGCUAGAGAACAGAAAUAAUAAGCUCCAACCGCAACUUUCAAUAUGGAAGUAAAAAAAAAACCAAUUGACUUUUGUAUAUUUUUACUUUUUUUUCAUAUUUCUUUAUUUUGUAAUCAAGUCAUUAUUACUCUUCAUAUAUUCAUCUAAUAAUGAUAAAAGCAUUGAUUCAUAUUUCAUGAAAGCAGUACCCUUACAAAGUAAUGAUACUGUCUCCCCCCCAUCUACAUACAAACUGACAGUCUCUAGCAACCAAUGUUGAUUAUGAUGAUGUUGUAUCAAGAGGAAGGUUAGAGAAAUGGUAACCUCUAUGAUUGAUUUAUGUAUUAUUAUUACUAUUAUUAUUAUAUUUAUUCUCAUUGCAUAAUCACUCAACAACUAGGUUAAUAAAUAUUUUUAUUUCUUUUGUCAUAAGCUUUUGAUUAAUUCAUCAAGUACUGUUGUGUGAUUUAUUACUCCUAAUCUAUUGCUAGUUCAUUAUUCAAAGUCCUCCUAUUCACUGCCAUUUUUGGCGUACUCAUGUAUAAAUGUAUUUAUUCCAUUCUAUGGUGUGAUGUGGUCUGACAUAUUUGGUACAGAAAUUAUAUCUGCUUGAAAUAUAUAACGAAAAUUUUAUGGAGGCUGGCUUGCAAACUUCUGGACUUAAAAGGCAGGUUAGAGAGAAAGAAACAAUCGGGUUGUGAACCAAUAAGAACUUUAGGCUGAUUCACGUUAUCUGGUGCCAAAUGUAAUUCUGAUUGGUGUUCUGUAUUGUCACGUGACAUGGAUUAACGAUUAAGGCUACAACUGAUGAUUAAAUAAUCCAAUUUACUCAUUUUGGUUCCAUCCAUAUUUCAAUAUUCAUCUCCUCUUUAUUGCAUUGCAUCUAGAACCAGUUAUUUUUUUUGUUGCUAUUUUCUCUCUUACAUACAACAAGCCCAUCCACUAUAUUUCUACGUUACAGUGUUCAGUCAAAACAUCAUGUUUCUUAUUCAAGAUAUUGCUUACUCGUGUUUGUAAUAAUUGUUUAAACUUACUAUCUAAGCUUCUGCAUUUAUUAUUUUUUUUCUAUUAUUCCAUGCUAUUGUAUGUUAUUGAUAAUCACGAUGAUGUUAGUAGCAAUAGCAAUGAUUGUUUCAGCUUUGAUUUCUUGAAAUUAAUUUUUUUUUGGGUGGGCUACAGUAACAACUACUAUUCCCACUUUUCACCAUGUAUUGUGUAUUGUAUCAUCAUUGUGUAAACUUUUCUCCAACCAUUUUGUAUUUGUUUCAACUAGAAGUUGUUGUUUUUCUUUUACAAAUGAUGCUGUUGCUACGUUGUCGUCUACUUACUUAUUAAAUAAAGUGUAAGUAUUGUGACAAUGACAGCUACUUUUAAAAGGUCUUCUUUAUUUUUUUUUCUAAUUUAUUGUGUAUGAUUCAUUCUUCGAAAUAACACACAUAUACAUAUAUAUAUAUAUAUACAUACCUGAAAAAAAAAUACUGAUUGACAUCAGUAUUCUUUUACUUUUAGCCUUGAUUAUCU